AAUGAGCGCCGUAUAUGACGGUCGAGAAGCCGAGAAUGACUUCCGCACAUAUGUAGCGCAAUACCGGCAACAUCUCGAGGACAUACGGGCGCGCCUUGCCGGCGGGAGAAGCGUAGGGGACCACGAAGAGGUCGACGCGACAGACCAUGUUGAUGAGCCAGAUGUCCCGGCGGGAUCUGGCGAGCAAGAUGGCGCGGCUGCUCCUGCGGCAGAUGAAGCCCCUGACUUGUACUUUCCGUUGGACGUGGCAGAGGAGCAUGCAGAAGACGAGGAUACAUGGACCGCAUCGGAGCAAGAUGCCUUCUUCCACGGACUCGCAGUGUAUUCUCGCCUCAGACCCGACCUCAUCGCAUCAUGCAUCCCGACGAAAACCGUGCCCGAUGUCUGCGCGUACCUCGGAGCAUUGGAAGAAGCCGCCUCGUAUCAUCCCCUCCCGGACGCGCUUGAUCGGCGGCGCACUGCUCCCCUCGCGAUGGGGAUGUCGGAGUCCUGGCUCGAAUGGGAAGAGACACAAGCCACUCGCCUCGUUGCUGCAGAACCUGACUGGGAGGCAUACGCUUCUGACGCGCAACGUCAGGACACGCUCGCCACAUACCCCUCAGACACCUCUGACCCGGCGCGGGAAGCCCUCCAGGCGCACUGGAAAUCCGAAGACGCCCUCCACACCCUCGACGCGCACAAGCUACGCGCUAUAUCCCAUAUCCUACGCGCCGACGAAGCCGCCGAGGACGAUCCCUCACGCCCCUUCACCCCCCAUCCCGCCGAGGACGACGCGGAGUCCUUCGCGCCUGAGCGCUCCCAGUCUCGCACCCGCUCGCACUCCAGCACCCCCUCCACGCGCGAGCUCUCCCCCAAAUCCCGCCGCCGCCUCCAGAAGCGGCUCUACAUGCGACGGAAGCGCGCAGAGAAGGCGGGGAUGGAGGCGGUUCAGGACGCGGGCCUGCUCAAGGUCGGGCGGCCCAAGAAGGCAAGGCCGCCGAGGAAGCGCAGGCGACGUGGGCGGGCGGGAGAGGAUCAGGGGCGAGCGGGAGGGGAGCAGGAUCAGGAUCAGGAUGGGUGGGAAGAUGAUGAUGGUGAUGGUGGUGAAGGGGAUAGGGAUGGGGAUGAAGAGAGCGGGGAGGAUGGGGUGAAAGAUGGCGAGUACGCACACCCGCACAGGGGCGGGACGACAGCGCCGUACAAGGCCCGGCGCCUGUUCGAGGAGUCCGGGAUCACGCCUACAGUGUUGGCGGAACAGAGGCUUGAUCUGUUCGAUGGGAUUGGAGUCGCGCGCUGGCUGGAAACCAUACGCGACGAUCCUGAUAUUGAAGACCACUCGACGCCGCCGAACGCGGUCUCUGGUUCGCUCCUCGCCACCUUGCGGGAUAUCUUGGUCGACUUCGUAACGGACGUGGCGCACCGGGCGAUCGUGGCGCGCGAGCAGGAGGUCCACUUCAAGGCCGUCAGCAAGGCGUGGCGGGUCAAGAGUCCGGGUUUGGUCCUAGCCAAGAACGUCGAACAUGCACUCGAGAUGAUGGACAUGGCUGUACCGGACAGACCCAAGAAGCGCAAGCGUCCUCCAGACGAGGAAGAUGAGGAUGAAGAUGCGGAAGACGCGGAGGAAGAGUCAGGAGAUGAGGAUGGGCAUGAUGUUCCUGGGGGAGAAGACGGCCCUUCGUCUCGACGUGCAAGCACGUCCUCGUCUCAGCAUGCAAGCGGAUCCUCGUCCCAACACACUAGCGAACCCGGACCCGACUCCCCGCAUGACCCCGUCGACGACCUGUACCCCAUGUUCUUUCGUCUGCCUCGGGCAUACCAAGACGAUCCUGCUGAUCUCAUGCCUGAAGACACAGACGAGGAAGCGCUCGAGCGCGUUUUAGACGAAGAAGAGGAGCUCGAUGCCCAGGAUGUUGCUGCGGAAGGGGAGUAUGAGGACGAACAUUGGGCGAACCUGACGGAGCAGUUUUCUUGA